AUGCUCCCCUUCAAACAAUACCACCCCUGUGUCAAGGCGAAAAAGCAUCUAAUUGAUCUCCGCUCCAUUGUUAAAAUCAGAAUCGGUGAUGCACUUGAUAUGUUUAUGGCCCUGAUGGUGGUAAACACCUGUAACAAAAUAGAAGGCGGUCUCCCUGCGCGCCUUCGAAUGUGGAUGCUCUUCAAUAUCGUUAUCGAUUUCUUCAUCGGCUUGAUUCCUUUCAUCGGCGACCUUGCAGAUGCUGUCUAUAAAUGCAAUACCCGGAACGCCGUCCUCCUGGAAAAUCUGCUGAAAGAGCGCGGGGAGGAAAACCUUAAGCGUACAGGUUUACCACUGCACGAGUCUGCGCGUAUUGAUACCAGUCACGACACACGACCAACGACUAAAUAUUCAGGACUUAAGUCUUGUCCGCCAAGAAACGACUCACCUUCUCGACCACAACCAGCACGAACUCACAUGGGCGGGCCGUCAUCGAGAAAUCCUGCUCAAUCUGCAGAGCGCAAGAGGGAGCCAGAUAUCGAAAUGGGGAGGAUGUAA